GAGCGCCUCGGGCGAGAUAGAACGGAGUCCCCUGUCCUGUCAGGCCCGGCGGCAGCGCUGCCUCGGGCAGUGGGGCUCAGUGUGGCUUUUAUCGGUGCAGAGUUCAGUUCUGGGUCCUCUCCGCAAGAGGGAUGUGGAGGGUCUGGAGCGUGUCCAGAGAAGAGCAGAAAAACUGGUGAAGGGGCUGGAGAACAGGUGUUAUGAGAGGAGCUGGGGGUGUGCAGCCUGGAGGGGGCUGAGGGGAGACCUCACUGCUCUCUACAACUGCCGGAAAGGGUGCAGAGAGGAGGGAGCUGGGCUCUGCUCCCCCCUGACAGGGACAGGACAGGGGAAUGGCCUCGAGCUGCGCCAGGGGAGGGUCAGACUGGACAUCAGAAAGAAAUUUUAUCCAGAAGGGGUCAUUGGUCCCUGUCAGAGGCUGCCCGGGGAGGGGGAGGAGUCCCCAUCCCUGGAGGUGUUUAGAAGACACCUUUAAAUACUCAUCUGGAGUACUGUGUCCAGUUCUGGAAUCCUCAACAUAAGAAGGAUGUGGAGCUGUUGGAACGGGUUCAGAGGAGGCUACAAGGAUGAUCCGAGGGCUGGAGCACCUCCCUACGAGGACAGGCUGAGAGAGUUGGGUUUGUUCAGCCUGGAGAAGAGAAGGCUCCUAGGAGAUCUUACAGUGACCUUCCAGUGCCUGAAGGGGCUACAAGAAAGCUGGAGAGGGGCUGUUCACAAAGGCUGUGGGGAUAGGACGAGGGGCAAUGGAUAUAAACUGGAGAGGGGCAGAUUUAGACUGGACAUAAGGAGGAAUUUCCUCAUGAUGAGAGCGGUGAGGCCCUGGCCCAGGCUGCCCAGGGAAGCUGUGGCUGCCCUAUCCCUGGAGGGGUUCCAGGCCAGGUUGGAUGGGCCUUGGAGCCCCUGAUCCAGUGGGAGGUGUCCCUGCCUAUGGCAGGGAGUGGAACUGGAUGGGCUUUAAGGUCCCUUCCAACCCAAACUAUUCUAUGAUUCUAUGAAAGUCCAUUUAAGUUUUGUCUAAGCAGUUGUGGUUUUUUGAAAGUUAGACAGAAUGACCAUCUGAUAGCACGUUUUCUUUAAAACAGUGUUUUCCAGACAUUGUUCCUUGGAAGAUGAUAACACGUUUUGUGGAGUAUGUUCCAUGCUGAACAGAUGUCUCUUCUUCUGUAAUCCUCUCUGUUAGCAGCAUUUUCUGUCUUAAAGACAAGGUCAGGCAGAGCUGGAGCCAGGUCCAAAUUUAGAAGAGUUUUGACUGUUGCAAAGUUUCAUAACAUUCAAAUUAGACCUUGGAAAGUAAUAGAAUAUGCAUAAGAUUUCUGGGAAAAUUUAUACAUAUGCAUGUCAGUGGGAAAUAUAUUCUGCAACCAGCUUUUGUCUCGUGAACAUGAUUGAUGGAUUGAUUAAUAGCUCAGGUCUAUAAUGACUGCAAUGCUGUCUUGCAAGUUUGUUUUUUGCUAGAGCCUUGACACAGCCUACAAGACAGGAAGGGCUUAACCGGAGGCAGGUACUGUAUUUUCAGAGCAAUUAAGACUUGCCUUAAGAUUACCAGAUACAGAACAUGUAGGCAGCAAUUCUUACAUACGCUUUGUCAGUCCUUAAAAUGGCGGGCGUGGGGCCAAAUAUGUAUUUGAUCAGGGAUAUGGAAGUAUGUAUUACCACUUGAUUUCAAGGGAGAAGAAUUACUCGCAUUAUCCAGUAUUCCUUACUUCCUUGACAGGUACUUGUACCCUAGGUACUUGCUAGGAUAUAAACAAUUAGUCAACAGAAUUUCAGGAGAUGCCAGAUGUCCUUCAGAGUGUACAAACCUGUUUUGCAGGCUGUGUCACACGCAGGAAUUGUGUAAACUCAAACACUAAAUUUUUAACAGGGCUUGUAGUUUGUUUUUUCACUUACGAACGAUAAGUCGAUCCUAUAACAGUGAAAUGGAUGUCCUCGUUUGUAUGUUAGGAAUAGAACCUGUAUCUUGGUAGUAACUGUCACGUGAGGUUCUCACAAGCACGUCACACCGUAGCAGAUUUACCGAUGAAAUACUUGUGGUUUAGUUAUGUAACCUGAAGCAGAAAAGGAAGAUGUAUUUCACUAGAAGGCUUCAAACAGCUUCAAGCAGUUAACAGCUCACCACCGACAGGUAGACUUUAUUGAACUCCAUGAAAUUGCAGAAGUCUAAGGGGGAAGGAGAGCGAGUUUAGGGUGCUGGGUUAUGAGCGAGUUGACUCGGUUUACCUUGCGAUCAGACAGGUUCCUGAGCUGCUGCAAAAUGGAAAAGAAAGCAUUUGGCUGAGGUUGGGAGGAGCAGGAAAGGAAUAAGACUUCCCUUUCUGGUGUGUCAGCAAGCUGAAAUUCAGCUGAUGCACCGUGAGCCAUACCCUGAAAUUUAGUGUCAUUUAAAUACAUACAUUAGUUAUGCACUUAAAUGAGUAGCCUGAUAUUUAGAAUUGCCUUGAAGUCAGAGCGAGCCUUCAAAAACAAAGCCAAAAGAACAGGUUGUUUACCUAGGUGGAAGAGUUAUAAGGUAAAUUAUUAAAGAGAUAGGAAACUGGUCAGCUAUGAAAGUGCUUUUCAGGUGACUUUAAUUGGAGGCUCAGAGUUCUCAGCUGUGUGAUCUGUUGCUUAGUUGGCCUGUGGUUCAGAUUUGGCAAACCUGCAGGUUGGGUGCUAGCUAGUUCUUUGUUCAAGGAGUCUCUCUUUGAACGCGCAGUCAUUGUAGUUCACUCCUUAGACAGAAUUUCUUCCAUGGUUUGACACCAUGAGCUUCCAGACAAAUAGUAGGGGUAGGGUGGUGUAGGUAAGUAUUUUGCUAUCAAAACUGGUGUGUGCAUGUUGGUUUUUGCUAUGAAAGCUCAAAAUAAACAAAGAUGGUGGUUUAGGUGUGCACAGUGGGAAGAAUCUAUUCAUAGUUUAUAAACCUUAGGACAGUUGGAAACGUUGUCAACAGCAGAAGGAUUGCUUAAUGUGGAAGGAAUGUGCUGAGCAAAGAACGUGCAUCCAAGGAGGGGAAGAAUGGGAUCACUUCAAUGUUGUAUAUGGUGGCUGAGUUAGGAUGGGAAAGGUUAGAGGCAGGAGGGAAGCAAGGCAGAGAUGGUGUUAGAGAUAUGAAAGCCAGGUGUGUAGGACUGGUGGGAGGAGGUAUCAUGUCAGUUAAGAUAUUGAAGCUGCUGAAAAUAGAUCCUGUUGACUACAAUCCAGACCUCUGUUCAUGCUUUCAUCUUGAUUAGCAAAAUUUAGAUUAGAAAAUUAACCUCCUGCUUUGUUACAGUAAAUUUGUUUUCACCAAUAAAUGUGUUGGAUGCGGAGAGUAAAUAUUACAAGUCUAAGAUGCGCAGAUUCUCUGGAAGUAAGAAAUGGAAACAGAGGAUAUUUUUGUUCCUUGUGACCUGAGACAAAUUGGAGGAUCUCAGGGGCUGGGAUGCUGAGUUGGCUGAGCAACAAUGAUAGCUUUUCUGUGCCAGAUCCUCAGGAGAUGUUUUUCCACUGGCUGUGAGCUAGUAUUGUUCCACUAGGAGACAAGGAACAGAGAGAAUAUGCAAUGCUGGACACCACCAAAGGGUCAGUCUUGUAGCUUGAUAUAGAGGUAAAAUAUGCAGAAGAGAUGGCUAGGAUUUAAAGUGGGGCUUACAGGCUAAUGCAGACGCGCCAGGUGAGGUCCCAUGAUCAGAGUUCAGCUGUACCUCACGUAACUUUUCUAGACUGUGCUAUUGAAGAAGGUUUUUGUGAGAUAACAAAAAUGUCGAACUGAGCACUGAAAAUAUCAGUAUGAAGUGUUAAUGCAGGGUAUGUUACAUGCUGUUGACUUACACCAUAUCUUACUGAGUGACUCCCUGGGAUGGAGAAGCUCGGAGCCGUCGUGUCUGCUGUUGGGUUCCAUUAAUAUCUCUGGGCCAGAUCUCCUGCCUUACGCAUGUGGGAGGAGUUUUAGAACACUUAGGUUUCACAUUGAAAAUUUUCCAUGCUGGCUGUCUGUCUCCAGGGAAGUGGGAAUAGAAAACUAGCUCCAUGUGAGAUUUUCAUAUGCCUUCUUUUCCCUUUCUUAAUUCUCUAGAAUUCCAGUUGAGGGAGCAUUUUGACCAUUAGAGAUGCCUAAAGCUUUUAGCUUUGCUAAUGACUAAAGCAAAAUGACAUUAUUGUUAUGAAGAAAGAAUAACACUGUCAUGGGAUUUUUAAAGCUAUUUUUCUCUAGCUCGUUAACAUUGUUGCAGAAAAAUAUAAUAAUUACUUCAUUAUGAAAUUGUGAGAAUGAAAUAGUAAGCUUGUUUCUAAAUAGGACUAAUUACUCCAAAAUUAUUCUGUACCAGUAUUUUUAUUCCAGAGAAGGCAAUGAGCUUGGGGAAUUUUUCUGGAAUAAGGAUGGCUAAAUCAGUUACAAUUUCCCUCCUGUCUUGAGAGAGAGCACUUAAUGGCACUGUGAUGCUGUAGAUGGGGAUUUGAAAUAAAGUAAUUGUGUGUUAUCUAAACUUGUCCACAAACAGUAAAUGGCAAGAGAAGUUGGUUAAAAUUAUCAGAAGAAAAAAUCUUGUCAGGCUUUAGUGUAUGCGAAGAACUUCGUGUCAUUCACAGGUGUUCAUGCACAUCUAUUUUUUUUUCUGUAACUCCACUAAUCCUGCUGGCAUUAUAGCACUGAGCAGUUUUAGUUUGUUUUGUCCAUCUGCAAAGCCACAAAAAUACUAGUGUGCAGGAGAUUAUAUUUCCCACACAAGAUGUAAGUGCUUACAUUAGGAAAUGAAGAAAAACAAUUAAGUUUACAUUCUGCAAAAACUAUUGCACCACCUUAAAAAUAUCACGGGCAUUCCAACAAGUAUUAGUUUAUACAAACUUGCUUGCACAAUUAUUGUUUUAUGCAUUGUCCUUAGUCAUUGCAUAACUUCGCUGGCACAUGUGGAACACCAGACAAAUGAAAAGGUAUCGUCUCUCCCCACAGGGUUUAUAGUCUAUUAACACAAGUUUUCUGUGCUAUGCAUUUAAUCUUUUCCAUAAAUUAUUUCGUAGCUAUGUAAACUUUGAAUGUAGUAAGAGAUACAGAAAUCAUCUGACAUUUAGUUGUGAAUGUUUAUACUGUUGUUAUUUUAAUUACUAUUUUUAAGGAACAUUUUUCUCUUCAUUUGUUUUGUUCUUUAAUCUGUUUUAGAAAUACCAGAUGUAGCAACAGCAACAUCAGCCUUUUCAAAUCACUGGUCUAAUUAAAAUGCGCUGAAGCAAACGGGUGAAAUCCACAUUGUUCUUGAUUUUGCACUGUGCCCAAAUGACAUAUUAUUGUGCCUAAAAAAAAAAAAAAAAGGCAUUGUUCUGUGCAGCUUGUAAAAGUUAAUGAACGUGAUGAAUCCUUUCCUAACCCCUUUCUUGUGUUUCUUCACACUGUGUACUCCAUUCCUAUAACAGCUCAUCUCCUCCCAGCCAUACAGUUCAAGGGCACACUUAACAAAAUAUGGAUUUCUGAGAAUAACCAUUUCAGGAAGUUUGAACAGUUUUGUAGGAGAUAACUGUCUGGAAGAGUGCUGUUCCUUAAAGCGCAGUAACUUCUGGGAAAAAAAGUGGUGGGGUUUCUGUGUGUACAUUGAUCUUGCAGAUUUUUAGGGUUGUUGAGAUGAUGUGAUUUUAAGGGACAUUUUUUUUCUUUGGAUUUUUUCUGUACGUAGCUUUAGAGAACUGGAGAGGACUCGGACCAAGCCGCUGCUGUAAGACUUGACAGUGUAGGUCGGUUGCUUUAGUGAGUGGAAAGAAAAAAUGACAUGUGCUACCCUGAAGAGCUGUGCCAGCACAAAACGACCGAUGUAGAAGCAAGCAUACAGCCAGAAGAAUUCCUUUGUCAGCCUAGCUAAUGCUGUCUGUGAAGGGAAUGUAAUAGUCCUAGCAGAAUACCCUCUUUCUCUUGAUAAGUGCUAUGUAAUUGUGCCAGCAGAAUUGCUGAAGUACAGUCAGGCAAAAAAGCUGGCACAAGCACGAACAGAGAAACUCCAAAGCAGCGUUAAGAACAAAGCUUUGUUGUUGAAGUUUGGUGUGGUAAAUAGACCUUCAGCUACUGUUCUGUGAGAGACGAAGUUUAAUCUUUAUGUUUAAUUAUUUACACAAUAGUAUUACUUCCUUUGUUUUUCUACUUAGAGUUUUCAUUUUAUUAUUUCAGUGUUGAAACUCACAAUAGCUUUUUUGAAAUUUCAUAGCGAAACUUAACGUUCUCCUUACCUUUUUCAGGUGAUUAACUUCUGGAACGUAAGUAAUACCAAUUUAACACGUUAAAAAUGGGCACUGACAAGGAUUUCUGGAAGUCUUGGGCUUGUCCAGAUGUUUAAGGAAACCAGCAGUCAAGUUUGUGUUCAUGGCAGGAGAUGCUCUGUCUGGAUGCUCAGUGGAAGCCCAUAUUCUGCCUGAGUGGGAUGUAACUCUAGGUCUUCUGCUCACACGAUAGAAGGCUGUAAAUAUGGGGGGGCAUUGUGGUGUACAGCUCCAAAAUACUCCCUGUGUUGUUACCUCCCGGUACUCCCUGCACCAGUAAAAAUUAUUUGAUUUCUUGAAAUCCUGUUCCAUAGUUUGAUACCCUAGUAGAAAUGACAAUAUGCUAGAAUUAUUCUUCUAAACAACAAAUAGGUAUUUUGCUGCUUCCAGAUGUAGAUUUGAAGUUCAGAGAGGAGUUGUCAGUGGUUGCUAAUGACAUUAACAGAGCGAAGAAGUAUAUUUCAUACUGGUCUUUAUAAAUUGUCCCUGGGUGUCACUCUUGAGUCAGACUAAAACAUUUUAGAAGUAAAUCUGAGAAUUCUUUUUCCUUUACUUUCUUUCUGCUGUUUCCACAGUUGACACUUUUCUUUUUAAACUUAUUUCCCAGUAUUUUCCAUAAUGACGUGAACUUGUUUUAUCUUGUCUGAAUUCUAUCAUUCUUAGAGGAUAUCUUGGGGAAUUUUUGAACUUAAGUUGCAGUAAUAUAACUGCAGAAAUACCUCUCUGGCAACACUCUGUAGAUUUACAGUUAAAUGACCAGUUAUUAUAUUUGAUACAUCCUUUCUUCUUUUGUACAACUCUGCUAAUUUCUGUCAUCCUUUUGGAGAACAAUCAAGUGACAAGGAGAAAGCAUUAGUAUCAUCAAGUGGAAAGCCAGUGCACGCCCCAUAAAGCUAAAAAGUAACUUCACUGGCCCUAUGGAGUGAAACUCUAUGAACUGACUGGAUUAACGAACUAAAGCUGCUUGCCAUGUGGUCAGGGAAAUGGGUAAGAAGGAAAUUGUCCUGAGUUGCAGAACAAAUCAGUGGCAAACCCAUGAAUGGAAUCAGUCUUAUUACUGCUGUGCCUCCUGCCUCUGCUUUUUCCAUGUUAUGCUUCUUGGACUGGGACAAAAAGGACAAAAAUUCCGUAAUUACUGACCCUGAUGGCAAUCUGCCCCAAAAAUGAAUACUUUGAUAAUUUGCUGCUCUCUUGCAAGCCUUGUCAUCUUCGAUGUUCUAAUACACCGCCGCCUUCAUGUGAAAACUACUGCAAUAAGAGUACUGAUUCAGGUGAAGUUCUUUGGAUUUGUUUGGGCUUAGGAGUAAUUUUAAUGCUCACUCUGUUUACCUUCAUGGUCUUGUUUAAAUGGAAGCACCUAAAGCAACUAAAAGAAAAACUGAAAAACACAGACUCUUCCGUGGAGCUUAAUAAUAUUCUCGAGGCUAAUACUGAAAGCUGUGUGAAUACAGAAGGAAUUAGAUACUCACCUCAAAGUGAAACAUUAAUGUAUUCAGUGGAAGAAUGCACUUGCAGCGACUGUGGUUUGGUAAAACCUCAGAGAGGCUGUGAAACUUCAUUUCCACUACCAGCUACAGAAGAAGGAGCUACUGUUCUAGUUACCACAAAAUCUUUUGAUUAUUGCAACUAUAUUCUGGGUGCUAGGUCCUGCUGAUCAGACACAGUCAUGCUAGGCUACUGCGUGGCCUGAAAUUAGGAAAAUACUUUUGUCACCUUGCCUCCAAAGCAUAAGCGUUGUUUUCCUGACAUGAGGUAUAUUUCUUUUUUUAUUCCUGGGAAAUGGCAACAACAAUAUUUUUAUUUGUAGAUAGUUUUCUCUUUCAGGUUUUUACAUGAAUGAUGAAUUGAAAUGUUUUAAGAUUGGUAAAUUAUCGCACAGAAUCUAUGGACAAUUGCUACCCCAGCACCUUUGGGAGGCUGAGCACAAAAGUCUGGGCCAGAUGCGAGUCAGCUGGUAGGUCUGGCCACGCAGCGCUGUGAGGUUUGUUAUUACUACUUCAUGUAGGAACUCUUGAAAAAGAAGGUUACACUGCAUUGCUCCACACGGUGUGGAGCAGCACAGGGCAGACACUCAGCGCUGUGUGGGGACAAAUGCCAGCUGGCAAGAUGGUGCCUUACAGUGAGCCUGCAUUGUUUAAAAAAAUUACUGCGUUAACUUUUGACAUUUGUGAGUAUUGGAGGUUUCAUGAUUUCUGUACCAGUUUAAUAAUGUUGGUGCGUUACUUUGAUUGGAGGUAUUGGAGGUUUCACGAUUUCUGUCCUAGUUUUUGAAACAGGAACUCUCGGGGGUUUUCACUCCCAGAGCGUGUGUGACAGUCCAGGGCACUUCAUGCCUGUUCUUCGCACCUUCCCUUUGCCCGUCCUUCUCCGCUGGGGAGGGGCUGUUCACAAAGGCGUGUGGGGAUAGGACGAGGGGCAAUGGGGAUAAACUGGAGAGGGGCAGAGUUAGACUGGAUAUAAGGAAGAAUUUGUUCACGAUGAGAGUCGUCCCAUCUGGGGUGCCAAAAUUGCUGCCGUGAGAAGCCAAGCUCAAUAAUUAAUGCCAAUUUGAUUAUUAAACAGAUAGGCUUUUAAUAAACAGCGCCAGGGUAGACAUGAAGUAAUCCACCCAAUAU